GAAGCCCACGCCACGCCACCCACACCCCACCCCACGCCGAGCAUCCAAGGCAGCAUCCGCGGCUGAUUCCCCGGGAGAUCGGAGGGGAGCUCUGCAGCAGACAUGCCGGGCCUGCUCCUCGUCGCGCUGAUCGCUCUCCUGUCCGGCUCUGAAGCUCUCAGACGGGGCCCGUCCCAGCGCGUCAUUCCCCUCGGACCUCCGCCGGCGCCGCUGCUUCCGGGCGAGGGCCGGGUCCGGUCCCUGUUCAUCCAGGAACUAGUCAGAACCAAGCGCCACUCGGCCCGUGAGCUGGUCCGUGCUCAGCCUCAUCUGGUUCAUGACAUGGGCUGGCCGGAGAUCCAGGAAAUGUCCCGCUCACAAUCCAAGAUGGAGGCAGCGAACUCCUCCGCGCCGCCCUCUGGAGACCAGGAUGUAGCCAGGACCCUUGCUGCUGUGGACGAAAGCCUGGAUGUGGAAGAUGUGAUGGAGCGGAUGGUUCACCUGGCGGUCCCGCUGGAUGCAGGAAGCGACAGAGGACGCCCAGAGCCUCCCGAGCCAGACAGAGGACCUGACAAUGGGCCGGGGGCCGGCGACGCCUCCGAGGAGACGUCUGGCUUCGACGGGACAGACACGGAGGACAGAGAGAGAGGAGACGAAGGAGGGGAGGAUCAAGAGAGGAGAGGGAGGGAGGAAGAGUGGGAGAGAUAUGUGGGCGGAGACAGAGACGUGAGAGAAGGAGAGGUCCCAGAUGAGGAAGAGGACAACGGACGAGGGACGGAUGAGCUCAGCGUCUCGGAGGCCGUGGAGGUUAAUCACACAACGCCAGAUCUGGAUGCUUUAAUCGGCUACACGUCCUCUUUCCACCCGCCCAAGGAACCCAGCGGGCCCUUCCUGACCGAAGCGCAGGAUUUGGGGCCGCGAGAGCAUCGGGGUCCCUCAGUGGUGGAGCUGAGCCCUUCAGAGAAAGACCUGUGGACAGCAGAGAAGGACGAAGACGUCCAGUCCAGUGGCUACGGACUCCGUCGCUCCUGGGUCGCUGCAGCUCAAACACCUCCUGGUUCUCCGGCUGCUUCUGCACACGCCGACGGAACGGCCGCGCCAGAAACCGACACCGGCACCGACUUUGGCCUUCUGGGAGGUUUCACAGCAGAUGAAACGGAGGAGGAAGAAACGGGUCUGGCACAGGCAGGCGUAAUUACCCAGAAUCCCACAGUUCCAGAGGUUGGCCUGGCGCCCAGCAGAGAACCUCUGCAACCCAGUUUGGAGCAGGAGGGACGCUGGGAAGGAGGUGAAAAGGGAACUAAAAGUAAAACUGAGGAGACGGAGGCCAAAAGGAAGGUGAAGGAGGUACCAAGAUUCAGAGAAAUCAUCCCGCUCACCACCGAUCCUUCUCCCACGACCGGCUUCCCUGACACAGAGUUUGACCCCGGCGUGGAGGAGCCGCGGCAGGUUGUUUGCUUAAACUGGAGCGAGCUGGCGGGACGCGGCUACGUGAUCCUCAACAUGACCAAGAACAUGAACUGUGAGGAGUUUCGCGUGUGCCAGGGCGUCCAGCUGCUGAAGAUCAUCGAGCGGGAGUUUGCGCGCAGAAUGAACAGCCCUGAAGGAUCAUGGGUACUUUACCUCAGCAAGCCGACGCACCAGCAACACCAGCUGCUGAUGAACGUGGCGUCUGGACGAGGCGUCAUCGCCACCCAGGACGUUCUGGAAAUGUUGGGGGAGAUCAGGAAAAGCCUCAAUGAGGUGGGGAUCCAGAACUACAGCGCCGCCAGCUUCUGCCAGCUUCGGCCCAGCAAGACGCGCAGCGACUACGGCAAGCUGUUCGUGGUGCUCGUCAUCAUCGGCUCCGUCUGCAUGGUGAUCAUCACAUCGGGGUUCAUAUACAUCUGCUGGCAGAGACGGCUGCCCGGCGUCAAGAGCAUGUUUCCGGCGGAGGAGCUUCACUCUGUGGAGAACGGUUACCACGACAACCCCACGCUGGACGUGACCAAUGACAGCCAGGCUGAGAUGCGGGAGAAGAAGCCGAGCACCAAUGGGCUGACGGGGGCGGGAGGAGGAGGAGGAGGAGGAGGAGGAGGAGGAGGAGGAGGAGGAGGAGGAGGAGGAGGUGCAGCGGAGGACAGCAGUCGCUGGCAGGCCUUCGUCAACCAAGCAGUGACUGAGGACGAGGAGGAGGAGCAGGACACGCAUCUCUGAUUGAGGAAGAGGAGAUUUGUUUUUCGUGAAACGAUCGAUGGAGUCUAGCAGGGAGAUCACGGUGAUGGAAGAGGAGACGAGGCUCGGCUGGAGGAGUCACUGAGGUCGACAUCAGUAUUAAGCACUAAAGCUUCAUCGAGCUUUGGGCGUUUAACCCAAUCACAUCAAAGCUCUUCUGUUUGGUGUGCCUUAAGCUCUCGGCUCUUAGGACCGCGGCUGCACGAGACAAUUUCAGAUUUAGGGACAAGUCAUCUCUCCACCUGCAAGCUUUCCAGCAGCUUUAGCAGCUUCACAGCUCAGAUCUGCGAUUAUCAGCAGCAGAAUGUAACCGUUUGCACCGUUUGGUUGACUUUUUGCAUUUUAAGCACGACGUUACCGAGGAAAGUACGUUAUUACAGUUUAAGACGCCAGUCAGUCCGGUAAAGAUGUCACAGUGGUGCACGCAGAAAGGCCGCAUACCGAAACACAUGCCUGAUUAAAUGCCGGCUUGCUGCAAAUCACUUUUCAAACGUUUUACAGCUUUAAUGUGACAUAAAUCCUUUACUAAAAGGGGAUCAUGCCUUUAAACCAAUACAUUGUAGAAAGCCCACCUACGCAGGAGUCCUUGUUAAUUCUGGAGGCAUCAAGUUACCUAAGAACCUGACGGUAUCAUCAAAGUAGCUACAAGAGUUUCUGAUGAGUCGGCCAAUAGUUCUGUUUUACAUGUGAGAAGCAGAAGCGUCUCUGACUCUGACAUGAUGAGUUAAGUGGGACACAAAAACUCAACACCUAAUUAACAGCAGCUAAUUAUUCUGUGACGCAUACAACCUGACUUUGAUCAAUUUUAAAUCAAACAGAUAAAUUAGUGUAAACCAACACACUAGAAAUGCCAUUU